AUGUCUCUCCUCGGUCUACCCUCGGUGGUGUUUCUAUUAUUUUUAUCUUCGGUACUUGCGCAGAGUACUUUGGUAGACUUGGGUUAUUCAAAAUACCAGGGUCAGGCUCUAUCAAAUAAUAUCAACCAAUGGCUGGGGAUACGCUAUGCUGCCGCCCCCAUGGAUUCCCUGCGCUUUGCAGCACCGCAGGACCCCGUAUCUACCAAUGAUAUACAACAUGCAACGAAGCAUCGCUCAAAAUGCAUUCCUACCGGGAAGAGCCCCAUUCCGUCUGGAACAUCAGAGGAUUGCCUUUUCCUAGACGUCUUUGCUCCUGCGCGAUCAUCAAACUCGACCAAGCUUCCCGUUUUCUUUUGGAUCCAAGGAGGAGGUUUCAAUACUAAUUCAAACGCCAACUACAAUGGAACUGGGUUAAUCAAAGCGUCCGGCAUGGGUAUUGUCGUGGUUACAUUCAACUACCGAGUUGGUCCAUACGGGUUCUUGGCUGGCGCAGAAGUUGAAAAGGGUGGAAGUGUGAACAAUGGUUUAAAAGACCAGAUCAAGGCCUUGGAGUGGGUUCAGAAGCAUAUCAGCAAGUUUGGUGGUGACCCCAACCAUGUUGUCCUGGGUGGUGAUAGUGCAGGAGCAGCUUCGAUUACACUCCUUCUUUCGGCCUAUGGUGGGAAAGACCAAGGCUUGUUCCAUGCUGCUGCGGCAGAGUCCCAGAGUUUCGGUAGUAUGUUGACUUUGGAUGAAAGUCAAUUUGCCUACAACAAUCUAGUCAUCCGUACCGGAUGCGCCAGCGACAACGAUACACUGGCAUGCUUGCGCGGCUUAAAUGUUACAGACUUGCAGCGUGAGAACUUCAACACCCCCCUUCCAGGAGCGCAGAAGCCACCGCUCUAUCUGUAUUCACCGGUAGUCGACGGCGACCUUGUUCAAGACUACACAUUUCUCCUCUUCCACCAGGGCAAAUUCGUCAAGGUCCCGGUCAUAUUUGGCGAUGACACGAACGAAGGCACGACAUUUGUACCCAAGAGCGUUUCUAGCGUCGCACAAUCGGACAGAUUCCUGCAGAGCCAAUUCCCAAAGAUUAAGCUCGAUCAACUUCGGAAAAUCAACGAAUUGUACCUGCAGAAGAACCAAACGCAAUCUUUCCCCAAGGCUGGCCCAUACUGGCGACCUGCUAGCAAUGCGUAUGGUGAGAUGCGCUACAUUUGCCCCGGUAUCGACAUGUCCCAUACGUACGCUAAAGCCGGACUCCCGAGCUGGAACUACCACUAUGCUGUACUGGAUCCACCCAAGGAGGAAUCAGGUCUCGGUGUAGAUCACACAGUGGAGGUCGGCGCAAUCUGGGGACCUGAGAAUGUGAACGGUGGUGCUCCCAAGUCAUAUUCCAACACCAAUGCUGCCAUCAUCCCGGUCAUGCAAGGUUACUGGACGAGUUUCAUCAAGAACUUUGAUCCCAACACUCAUCGUUCUCAGGGAAGCCCUAAGUGGGAUACCUGGGGAGAUGAAGGAUAUCGUCGACUCUUCCUCAGGACCAACCAAACGAAGAUGGAGACCGUUCCGGUGGAUCAGAGAGAACGUUGUGAAUACUUGGUCAGUAUUGGGACGGAAUUAGCGCAGUAG